AUUUGCCGGAGGCAAGGCGGUUCGGAUCGUUUUUCUACCCAGUAUUCUCGUGUCUAUAGAAUGGCAAAGAUAGAGGCUGAGGCCCAGUGGCUGCGCUCCACGAUUCUGCCGAGCAUUUUAAGGAGCGGCAGACUGGUGGACAACUACAGCGACUCCAAGGAGGACACCUUCAAGGUGGGCGACAUCGCGAUCGAUGUAAUCGGUCCCGCCGAGGCCUUCAUGCUGACCUUUUGCUACAGGACAACCAUCCACUUUGAGUAUGAUGGGCAGGAGUACCAGCGAAAGAUGGUGGUUAAGAAAACACCCAUGAUGCCCCCCGAUGUGUAUGAGGCCGUCCAGUUUAGGGCUCUCUUCAGCAACGAGAUCAACUUCUACACGGAAAUCCUUCCGGAAAUACAGAGUUUGGCCGGCGGAAAGUUUGCCGCCCCCAAGUACUACUACAGUGAGUUGAAUCAGAACUCGGCGGUGGCCAUUCUGGAGGACUUUGCCGAGCAUGGCUGGCGGGUGGCCAAGGAUCGGGUGGGUCUGAGUCUGGAGCACGCCCUAAUAGCCGUGGCUUACCUGGGAAGGUUUCACGGCUUUGCGUACGCCUUGAAGCACACCAAUCCGCAGAAGUUCUCCAAACUGACCGACAGUCUGAAGGAAUCUCGCUACGCCAGCGACGUGAUUCAUGCGGAAUGGAAGCUGACCAUAAAGACGAGCAUUGCACGGGCGGCCAAGGCGGUGGCCACCUUCCAGCCCCAGAUUGACAAGGAGUUUGUAGAGAAAUUGAGCUUCCUGAUCGCGGACUACACUCUAUACGGCCGCCAACGGGUGGCGCCGAGGGAGCCGCUGGCCACGCUUUGCCACGGGGACUAUGUGCGGAACAAUGUGGCCUACAAGUACGAUGACCAGGAGCAGCCGCAGGAGAUCAUGAUGUUCGACUACCAGACCAUGCGCAUCUCGUCUCCCAUGAUCGAUCUCUCGGUCUUCCUGGCCGUGUCCACCUAUGCUGAUGUGCGCUACAACAACUUCGAUGCCAUCUUCCAUGAGUACUGCUCGGCGCUGUACGACAGCUAUAGGAAGCACGCCAAGCAGGAGGUUCCUGAGUCCAUGAGCCGCGCCGAGCUUCUGAAGGAGUAUGUGCGGUUCCUGCCUUAUAGCGUGUCAAUUUCGGCCAGCUUCCUCAUGACCUUGGUGGAGCCACUGGACAUGUCACCGGAGGAGAUGUUUGCAGCCCAAUUGACGGAAGACGAGAUCAUCGAACGCACCAUGACACAGGGAGGGGAAAUAGUGGACAAGGAGCUUGCCCACCAGGUGAAGGAAAUGCUGGAGCUGAGCCAGCUGACUGGUGUCCCCAUAGAUGACGGCAUCGAUGUGGCCAAGUUGCCCAAGGUGUAAUCUUUUCCAUUUCGUAGAUUUUGCUAAAAUAAAACUAAUCAGAUACAGUAAA